ACAAAACAAGAAAUAAGUAAAUCAAAAUAAAAAGGGAAAGCAAAAACACUAUAGUCCCUGAAUCACUUCACUGGGUCGCUCUUAAGAAAUGCUGGCGGAUCCUUUUUUAAAGAAUUCAUACGGUCCAAAUCAAAAUCAAAAGGAAAAGCAAACACUAUAAUGCAUUUUUGAUGAAUCCAUACGGGUCCGAACAACAUAGCUUACAUAUUUCUUUGGUCAUUUCAGGCACCAAUUACUAAAGGAUGGAGGUCAAAACAUCAUCCUAUUCAUGUACGAUGAUAUACAAUAGAGAGAACCCCAGACCUGGAGUCAUUAUCAAUAACCCAUAUGGCCAUGAUGUUUACAAAGGUGUCCCCAAGGCAGGAUUAUGUGCUUGAAGAUGUUAAUGCUAACAAUUUUUACCAUGUUAUCCUUGGAAACAAAAGCGCUGUAGUUGGGGGCAGUGGGAAAGUAGUGAACAGUGGUCCAAAUGACCAUAUCUUCAUCUACUAUCCUGAUCAUGGUGGCCCGGGUGUGGUUUCGAUGCCAAGUGGAGAAGAUGUUUAUGUAAAUAAUCUAGUUGAUGUGUUGAAAAAGAAGCAUGCUUCAGGGACAUAUGACAGACUGGUGUUUUACUUAGAAGCUUGUGCGUCCGGAAGCAUGUUUGAUGGUCUUCUCCCUGAAGGUCUAGACAUCUAUGUCAUGACUGCAUCAGAACCCAAUGAAGAUAGUUGGGCGACGUAUUGUGGUGAGGGUACUCCUGAUGAUCCCUGCUUGGUUGAGUGUCCCCCUCCCGAGUUUCAGGGUGUGUGCUUGGGAGAUUUGUACAGUGUUGCUUGGAUGGAAGAUAGAACUGCAGCCAACAUAACAUUUGGUGGCUAUGGCUCCCAUGUCACAGAAUACGGUGAUAUAGUGGUGAGCUUUGAUCGACUUUCCACAUAUAUGGGUGAAGCUUCCACAAACCACAGUCAUGCCUUUGUGAAUGCCAUGUCAUUCUCGACAUCAUCAAAGAGUGUGGAUCAGCGCACUGCUGAACUUUUCUAUUUGUUCACCAAACACCAAAAUGCCCCGGAAGGCUCUGAUGAGAAAUUCAAAGCUCACGCGAGACUUACUAAAGCUAUAUCACAGAGAUUGUAACAAUACUGUCGAUGAACCAGAUACUUCAUAACAUUUUGCAUAAUUCUCAAAACUGUCGAUGAACCCCUUUUAUCCAUUUGUCACGUGCUUCCCUACUCAACCUGGAUCCCAAGCAAAUCUCUUGUUGGGCUGUCUAAUUCCUUGGCCUUUUCGCAGUUUAGCCCUCGGCCCAACAGCUUGGCUAGCCUCGGUCCAAAUAAUUGACCCACAAGCAUUAUUGGAGUUAUCCAUGUUCACAACAGAGAACUCAAGUGGACAACAAUGUAAAACGUCUUGGGGAGCUUCUUUUUUGUGUUGAAAAAGGUACUGAGGUACUACACAGUGUUCUACCAGCUGGACAACCACUUGUUGACAGCUGGGAUUGCCUUAAGUCCUACGUAAGUAUUUAACUUGGCGAUAAAGGCAAGAUUCUUUGUGGUACUUCAGUUCAAUCUUCGUAUUUUUGGUUCUUUUAAUGAGAAUACAUGACCACUCUAUUCCUGCGAAUAGGUUAAGAUAUUUGAGGCACAUUGUGGAAGAUUAACCUCGUAUGGAAAGAAACACAUACGUGGUAUAGCCAACAUAUGCAACGCUGGAAUUACGAGUGAACAAAUGGCUUCUACAUCUGCACAAGCAUGUUCAAGUUAGUAGAGGGUAUUCUUGGCAAAAGGAUAUAAUGUAUGUUUAGCCAGUUUGUGUCAUGGCUGCAAAAUUUCACUUUUGGUAGAUAGCUACACACAGAAUAACGCUGCUGAGAAGCAGAAAUUUGCCCCGUUUCCAUGUACUAAAGCUUUUCAACAAUGAAGCAUUUUGAUCUUUUUAUUUGUUCACCAAGUCUUGUUCAAUA